AUGUCCCCCCUAACAAGAACCGUAGCUAUAAGGAAAACGAUUAAGGUCUUAUCUAAAUGUCAAUCUGGUAAAGAGUACACUCAAAAAUUUCUCCAACGUGCGUACUCAACGUCGCAUGCAAAUAGCUCGUACUGCUCAAGGACCAAAAUAUUUGUAUCUUCCCAUUACAAAGCCCUAAAUAUUGCUUUACUAAGCGGGUCCCUGCUUUUAACCUAUUCUUACUAUUCUCCUAAAAAGAUUCUUUCUCUAGAUACGAUAAACGGAAUCAAGGAUUACUCCACAAGCACUCGUGGAAAUACCGGUAUGCGCACGCCUAAUUCAAAGGAAUCACAAGGACCAAAAGAUCAACAACCCCAGAAUGAUCAAUCCGUACCUAUCUUGAACGAUGCUAAAAUAGAGGCUAAACUACACGAUAGGGAGGAAAGCCAUUUCGUUAACCGAGGUACAGGUAUUUUCAGGUACGAUGUGGCCCAGCUGCCCUCUAACCACCCAAUAGAAGACGACCAUGUAGAGCAAAUCAUCACUAUUCCAAUAACGGGUGAAGAUGGGAAGUCCUCGGAAAAGGACCUAUACUUUUUUGGGAUCUUUGAUGGCCAUGGUGGCCCUUUUACUUCGGAAAAACUUUCGAAAGAUUUGAUCCGUUAUGUAGCUUACCAAUUGGGUCAAGUUUAUGACCAAAACAAAUCAAUCUUCCACUCUGAUCCUAAUGGUUUGAUUGACUCUGCAAUUUCUAAGGGGUUUUUGAAAUUAGAUGACGAUAUCGUGAUGGAAUCAUUUAGGAAGCUGUUCCAAGAUCCAAGCAACUCGAAUAUCGCAAAUACGCUACCCGCCAUCUCAGGAUCUUGCGCACUGUUGAGUUUGUACAACUCUACAAACUCUAUUUUGAAAGUGGCCGUGACUGGGGACUCAAGAGCUUUAAUUUGUGGUUUGGAUAGCGACGGAAAAUGGACCGUCAGAUCCUUAUCCACUGAUCAGACCGGUGAUAGUUUGGAAGAAGUGCAAAGAAUUAGAAAUGAACACCCAGGUGAGCCUAAUGUCAUAAGAAACGGAAGAGUUUUGGGUUCGUUGCAACCCUCCAGAGCAUUUGGAGACUACCGCUAUAAGGUUAAAGAAGUCGAUGGGAAACCCUUAUCGGAUUUGCCCGAAGUCGCUAAACUUUAUUUUAGAAAGGAACCAAGAGACUUUAAGACGCCUCCAUACGUGACUGCAGAACCAGCAAUUACAUCUGCUAAAAUUGGUAAAGACUCCAAAUUCAUGGUGAUGGGUUCUGAUGGUUUAUUCGAAUUAUUGACUAAUGAAGAAAUUGCUUCAUUGGUUAUCAGAUGGAUGGAUAAGAAUAUGAGUUUGCCAACACCGUUUAAGGCAGAACCGGGGAAGCUACCGAAGGUCGUUGAUGUGUCGGAUGACAAAGAAGCUCAAAGACCGGCAUUCAGAUACAAGGAUGAUAAAUCGAGUUCAAACACGGAGUAUCUUUUGGAAGACAAAAACGUUGCUACUCAUUUAAUCAGGAAUGCUUUAAGCGCUGGUGGAAGAAAAGAAUACGUCUCGGCACUAGUUAGCAUUCCAUCACCAAUGAGUAGAAGAUACAGAGAUGACUUGACGGUUACAGUGGCGUUUUUCGGGGAUUCUGGAACACCUUCUAACGUAUCGAACGCCACUUCCAUUGUGAUGAACCCAGACGCAACGACAAAGCCAAAGCCUAGGUUAUGA